AUGUUUUCGCUUCGAACUGUGCGAACAAGGAACAUAGUGGUGCCGCUUCGGUGUACAUAUCGCUGCGUGCAUGUGUCUCUCGUGCAAAGGAAUAUACCCAAAGCUGAAGAGCUGCUGGAUCAGUUCGCGCAAGGCAAUGACAAAGGUGCCAGUGUCACGGCCAAGCGCCAAGCUUAUCUCAACAAGUACAACGACAAACUGCGAGAAAAAAUCGCGAAAGAAGGUUUCAAGAGCGUUGAUGACAUGGCCGCAUCGAAGCGCGCGGCUGAAGCCAAGGUACGCGAGACUCAGCGUGAGUCGGAAUCACAUCCAGGCACAUCUGUCGAGGCGCGAGACGAGGCGUUGCGAGAAAAGUUGAGUGAAAAAAGGCGUGCUACGGAGAACUCGAAGUUGAUGGACGAUUCAGGCUCGCCGAGUCCUGUUCAACCACUCUCCUCGUUCAUGAAGCUUGAAAAAGUUGUUCAUGAGACGCCCGACAACAUUGGCAAAUUGUGGGCAGGAUUUCACAUCAUGAAAAACAAGGUGUCAGCCGUUGUACCUGCAGCUACAUAUGUUCAAAUGAUUGUGACUGCGAAAAAGUUCCCCCAAUUUGUGUUACCUUUGCCUCGCGCGGUUAAGAAUGAGGCGGGUAACGCUGAGAAUGGCUAUGAGAUUUAUUAUCUGCAGUGGGUCUCAUUGCCAAAACCUAAAGAAGCGUCAUCCAAUGCACCACCUCCUAUGGCUGUUCUGUUUACACCGCUUGCUGAAUACAAACUGCGUCAAGAGUACGCUCAACCAACGCUUGUGUUGACGCACUACACUGAACUUCUUGAGUCAAAAGGUAUUGCACUUAUGCGGGGUGAUAUUACGGAGAGUGAGAAUGGUAAAGUACAUGUCCAGCAGCAAGAUGCUCAGCUCUUGGCUCUUGGACUGCAACGCUUUUAUAACCUCGACUGGGCGCUUGAAGGGCUGGACAAUGACGAAGAAGCAGAAAAAAGACGAGCUUUGCUACGCUCAUUCUAUGAACGGCCCGAGGCAUUCAAGCUCGAGGACCUUAUUGAGCUAGCAUGGUCAGUAUAA